GUGCCAAUCCUGUUGAAAUUUCCAUAUCAAUUUUAGAACGACGCUUCUCGAUGUCAUAGUUAUCUUUAUCCCAUUUAAUGAUAAACUGGUUGAUAAUCUCUAUCAGUGGCAUAUUGGGAUUUGGAUUGUUAUCCUUCACGUCAUCAAUGAUCAUGUCUGCAUUUCGUAAUCUAGCCUGGUUUUCAAAAGGGAUGCGUGAAUACACAAAGUCAGGCUAUGAGUCAGCUGCGUCACAUUUUGAUCCUAAUGAGUUGAAAAACGUACGCUUAGACAAUCACCGUGUUUUGAUAACUGGAGCCAAUUCAGGGAUCGGCCUCGUGUGUUGUAAAGAAUUAGCGAAACAUGGUGCAGAAAUCCAUAUGGUUUGUCGCAGUAAACCUCGUGCUGAAGAGGCACGUCAACAGAUAAUUUCUGAAACUGGAGUCAGUGAUUCGCGUAUAAUUAUUCAUCCAUUGGAUCUUUCUAAACCGAAUGAUGUCCGCAAUUUUGGAAAACAAUUUGCUAAUAAUAAUGAUUCACGUCUAGAUAUUUUGAUUAAUAAUGCUGGCUGCAUGAUUAAUGAAUAUAAGACUGAUGAAAACGGCAUAGAAGCUAAUUUCGCCACAAAUACACUUGGUACUUAUAUACUUACUGAAAGUCUAAUACCUGCAUUAAAAAAAUCACCUGAUGCUCGUGUUAUUACUGUUAGCUCAGGUGGAAUGUUAGUACAGAAAUUGGAUCAUGCUGAUCCAAUGCUUACAACUAGGCACAACAAAUUUGAUGGAACAAUGGUUUAUGCACAAAAUAAACGUCAACAAGUUGUUAUGACUGAAAUGUGGUCUAAGAACUAUCCAGAAAUAUUCUUCUGUUCAAUGCAUCCUGGUUGGGCUGAUACACCAGCUGUCGCACUGUCUAUGCCAUCAUUUUACAAUAAAAUGAAAAAUAAACUAAGAACACCAGAACAAGGUGCAGAUACAGCGAUCUGGUUAGCAGCGGUACCAAAUGUGAGAAGAUUCCAAAACGGUUCUUUCUUCCAAGGUUGUUUUUAACAAAUAUCUCCUUUUUUCAAUUAUGCCCCAAAACUUUGUUGUUCUUGUUUUCUUCAUAGUCAUCGUCAUCAUUAAAAAUCUAGCGCAUAAUUCGGCACAUUCGGUACUUGAAGGCUAGGCGUAGGCUUUCUAACCCAUUCUAUAUCCCCGAAAAUCUGCAAUUAAUCCCUGACGAGAACAAAAAAAAUAGAAAGUAUGAGAAGACUCUCCACUUACAAGGUUUUUUCAGGUAUAAAACAAGAAUAUUUUCGAGUUUAUGUGUCAUUAAUUGUUUAGAAGAUCCUAGAAACAUGCUGAAAUCAGUGACAAAAGUAGUUGCUGUUCAAUAAAGAUCGUCAAGUAGUUAGUCAGCACCUAAAAUUAGCUUGUACACAUUCAAAGGAUGAUGAGAAACGUAAAUUCAUGUCUAAUUUAGCUGAUAUUGCAGCACCUUUUCUUAAAUAAACUCUAACCUUGUCGGUAAAAGAAAAUUAUCACCGCUUAUAAUUAAAACAGAUGCAUUUGGGUUUUAUUCUUCAUUCUGCGCAGUUAUGAGUUAUUUUUGUUUUAGUUAGUUUGUCAUUUUUUACUACAACUAAUUUAUUCUGUGCUUCAAUUUAUUUUAUAACCUUAGUUUUUGUCUAUGUGGAUGUGUAUUUAAAUUCAGGGAAUAUAAAUAGUGUGUUGCUCAAUUGUGAUAUUAUAUAAAGGAUCAUUUGUCGUUUCUUUUUCCGUAUACUCCAUAAUGUGUGAGUUCUACAUGACAAUAAAAGACACUUUCAAUAUUUACAAUAAAGUUUUAAAUAUUCAAUCCAACUUUAUAUAAAUUUAUAUCUCUCAGGGCUAUUCUUUUACAAAUUCUAAUGGAAUACCAUUACUAAUUUUCUCAAUAUAUUUAUUUGUUUUUAAAUA